GAAGCUAAAAAAUAUUAGAUGUCCGCCAGGUAUUAUGUUGUUUCUACUAAAGUGGCUUGUACCGCGCGAAACAGAGUUUGUUGUGAGUAGCCAAAAAUACGUUAAGAAAUAUGUCGGCAGAAGACUUCCACAGGGAGCCGUUCUUAGUCCUGUCUUAUAUGCACUAUAUACCAACGAAAUCACAAAGGGUGUAACGAAUGAUAUUAAUGUGUUACAGUUUGCGGAUGACAUCGCGAUAUAUAUUAGUAGUAAUUCAAGAAUAAAUAAUAGAAUUUUAUUAGAAGUUGCGAUUGACAAAGUUAGGAAAAACCUUGAAAUGUUAGGCUUAUCACUAGAACCAAAAAAAACUAAUUUAGUAGAGUUUUCGAAGACUGGAUUUGAUAGAAAUCAAUACAUUAAGAUUAAGGGUACUAAGAUUAUGAAUCAACGUUCGGCAAAGUUUUUAGGUGUGUGGUUUGAUAACCAUCUCUCCUUCAGUAAACAUAUAACAGAAAUUAGAGGUAAGGUAAAUAAAGCUAAUUCUUUAUUGCGAUAUCUUGGCGGUGUAUCGAGAGGUAUAGAAGUCAAUACGUCACUUAUGUUAUAUAAAAGCUUAGUAAGAUCUAUUAUGGAUUAUGGCUCUUUUGUUUAUGCCCCUAAUAAUUAUAAUUUACAACUAAAAUUAGAAAGAGGACAAUUCCUUGGAAUCAGAACAGCAUUAGGAUAUCGCAAUAGUACUCCAAAAAAUGUUAUUAUGGCAGAGUCAAAAAUUAUGUAUAUUAGAGACAGAGCACUUAUGCUAGCAAAAAAUUUAUGUAUUAAAAUCUUUAAAUAUGGAGAAAACACGAUCAGGAAUAGUUUGUGUUUACUGAGGGAGAGAGAGCUAUAUGCAAAUUAUAGAAACCCGGCCACUUGUAGAAGUGUAAUUGGAAAGGCAUGGGAUCAUAUUAUGGUAAAUAGAAAGAAAGUAGGUUCACCACUAGAUACGUUUGAACUGUGGAAUAUGUCAUAUAAACAAAUAACUGAUAGAAUAGAUUAUGAUGAGGAGAUCGGUGAAACAAUUAAAAUAUUAAAACCUAAUAAGAUUCCAUGUAACAGUAACGAUAUUAAGAGCUACAAUUAUCAAGAUAUUAAUUUAAUUAGAGAGGUUCAACAUAAAUAUGAACUAUCGGAAAACUCAUUAAUUAUAUAUACGGAUGGAUCGAGUGGUGAACAAUGCACUUCUGUGGGUGCCGGUUUGGUUUUUGAAGAACAUGAAAUAGGCUAUUAUAUAAGUUUGCCGAAACAAUGCUCUAUAUUCUCUGCGGAAGCGUUUGCUAUUAAGACUGCCAUGGAAUUAGCUAUGAAUAAAAGUAUAGAUAGAGAUAAUGUAAUAAUUUUUUCGGAUUGUAAAUCGGUCUUACAAGCUCUUAAAAACAAUAGAUUAGAUGUAUAUCAGAAUAAGUAUAUAUUAGAAAUUAAAAGACUGCACUCUAGAUUCAAAAAAUCGACUAACAAUAAAAAAAAGAUGAUAUUCGUUUGGAUCCCAUCGCAUCGAGGUCUGACUGGUAAUGAACUCGCGGAUAUGUUGGCGAAACAAGGUGCGGAAGAGCCAGCCUCAUCUGAAAUAGAGAUACCGAUAAGUGAUCUACGAAGAUUUUAUAAAGAGGAAUCAUGGUCCCUUACUCAGGAAAAAAUCAAGAACGAAUUUAGAUAUAAAGGAAUGUUUUACUAUAAUAAUUACUAUAACAAAAAUAGUAAAAAGCCAUGGUUUAGUUCGAUGAACACUGAAAGAUAUUUUGUUACAUUAAUUAAUAGAUUAAGAGCUAAUCAUUACAAUUUAAAUGCCUCACUAGCAAGAAAAAAUUAUAUACCGGAUUCAAGAUGUGAAUGUGGAGCUGAGUCAGAAGAUUUCGAUCACCUGGUAUGGCAGUGCCACAGGUAUAACGCGGAUAGAAUUGAUAUGGGCAUCCAGUUGUAUCGUCGUAACAUAGAUGGUGUGGAGAGCAUUACAGAGCUUAUUAGAAAAGAGAAUUGGAAGAAAUUGUACGUGAUAUACAAGUUUGUCAAGAAAACAGGAAGAGUAAUUUAAAACUGAGUCUCGAGAGCGAGCAAUAUUAUUAUAACACCUUACGACGUCAUAUGACCACAUAUCCCCGUGGGAGGUCGAGCACGUCUGGUUUUCGUCUUAGGACGUAAA